CCUACCUGUGCGCCAGAACAGAGGGGAAGGGCUUUGGAAUACGUAGCAGUUAGCUUCACAAAGACGCAUUUAUCAGUCAUAACUCUUCCUGUUCUUCUAACCUGAAUUCAGAAUAAGAUAUAUUUGUAUAAGUGAUUAAAGAUAAUGGCAGCGAGGGUAGGACUGGCGAUGAAUCCGCCGCACACGACAGACGAAAGGGCUGUUUUCACGCAGCUGAAGCCGGUGAGGAUGCCCGCAGCGGACGGCGUUGAGGAAGCGGCCGUGUUUGAGGACGUCAAACCCGGGAUCCGAUUAGAGCUGGACAAAUACCUGCCGCAGGUCAACGGUCCUCUCCUGAGUAACCUGAUCGACACCGUGGACAGGAAGUAUCGACGAGACAGCGCCUCCGUGGUCGACGAGUUCUUCUCGGAGGACAAGAGCGCGGCCCCUUACAGCCUCAACAUCAACCUGUUCCUGCCCAACACUACCCACCUCCGCACGGGCCUCUACCGGCCCAACAACAAGACUCUCACGGUGCAGCAUAUCAAGACGGAGCCCGGGCUGGAGGUGCCCUGCUCCAUCACCAACUCCAGCACCCAGGCCCUGCCCGACUUCACCUCCGUCUUCAGCGUGCCGCCUGUGGUCAACAAUGUCUUCAUCAAGCCAGACAUGAGCUCCGGGGAGGUGAGUGUGUCCGCUGCAUCCCAGCACCAGCACCAACACCAGCACCAACACCAGCACCAGCACCAGCACCAGCAGCAGCAGCAGCAGAACCUGGACAACGAGCUUCACAUCGGCCCCCCGGCCCCUCAGUCGCAGGUUUACCACAUGCCCCUCACCAGCUGUGCCGACCUCACCAUGACUCUGUCCCACAGCAGCCCGCAGGCACACGCCUCUACGAGCGGCAGGACCAUGCUGAACCUCGGCAACGUCGCAUUGCCCGCCAACAACGGCAGCUACAUGAUGGCCGAGCACCAAGCACAAGAGCACCACGGGUACUACCACGCCUCUCCGUCACACACGGCACCACACAGCCUGCCCCCAUCACCUCCCAACUCUCAGCCAGGGAGUCCAGACACUCAGGCGGAGCUGUUGAGCUUACCGCCUCAUCUCCAACAGGCCUACCAGCAGCGCGUGGGAGGAUUGAAGGUGACGGGGCUGUCUCCACAUGCCAUGCUAAUGACACACGGCCAGGGUGUCCUCACAGGCCCCAAGUACAACCGGCGGAACAACCCGGAGCUGGAGAAGAGGAGGAUCCACUUCUGUGACUUCCCAGGCUGCACCAAAGUUUACACAAAGAGUUCCCAUCUGAAGGCACACCAAAGGACGCACACAGGUGAGAAGCCGUACCGCUGCACAUGGGAGAACUGCGACUGGCGCUUCGCCCGAUCGGACGAGCUCACCCGGCACUACCGGAAACACACCGGGGCCAAACCCUUCAAGUGCAUCGCCUGCAGCCGCUGCUUCUCCCGCUCCGACCACCUGGCCCUGCACAUGAAGCGCCACCAGAAUUAACAUGUGGAUGUACAAACCAUCCCAAAAUCACACUCACACCGCAGGAUCCAGACACCUGAACUCUACAGACACAAAAUCAUCCCUGGGCAGCCGGGGUUCCUCUGGAGCUCCAUGGUGACUGAGAGUAGGCUGCUAGGAGAAAACAACAGGGAGUCCAUGGUGGAAAUCUGAAGGGAAAUGGAAGAAAAUUCAACAUUCAAAGCUAGUUUUUAAUAAAAGUACUGGUUUAUUUAGAGAGUUUUUACGCCAUUGGGCUUAAAUUGCAUGUAUUCUUCCAGACUAGUAGAAAAAAACUAUCCAAAAUUCACAUGUUUAUUUUACACACUUUCUCUAUUAGAUUUCUUCUAAAUUGUCUAAGAAUGAGCACUACUGAAUGCCCCAUUUAACACCUUUUAUAUCUUCCGGUCUAAAGUAAGUAAGCGGGGAAGUGAUACCCUUUAGUUGUUUUUUUAGGCUCUAUGAUAAUCAGCCGUGUGUGAUUCUCACUUCUUCUGGAAACAGAGGAAGUGGUUUUCUGGCAGUUGUGACACGGCUCGAUUAUACGCAGUAUUUCUGCUAUCAGUCAGCACUGUGUUUGCUGAAGAUUCAACACCAGAGCUAAUGAUCUACCCGGGACUCAGGGAUGAUUUUCUGAUCUAAAACACACACAUUUGGGACUUCUUCUGACCUGGAAACACUUCCUCACAACAUGAACUGUCUGUUGUCCAACACAUCUGCCACUGGUUCAGUCUUUUUAUCAUUUUGAGGUUUGAACUUUAAAGGACAUGUUCGUCCUGCCUUUGUAAAUACUUGUUUGUGUGCGUGCGUGUGUGUGUGUGUGUGUGUGUGUGUGUGAAUACUAUGAAUGUAUUGAGAUUUAUACUUGACUCUUUUCUUUUUCUUUUUGUACAUCAGAUGUUGUAAUAUUCCACGAAGUGAUUUAAUAAUGACAAAAAAGAAAACUGGAAAGAGUUGAUGCCUGUUGGGCUUGUUUCGGCACAGGUAAUACCUGUCGAUCUCUGAGAGCGCAGCGAUUUGCCAAUGUUUGUAUCCCUGAUAUUACCUGUUGCCUGGGCGACCGGCUCCUCUGACGACAGUUUGCAUGCAGUUUCUAUUCAGCGCUGCCCCCCCCUCCAUGUUUGUUCAACACUUGAACUAAAGACAGACAGAGAUGGGUGGAUAGACCUGUUGUGUAAUCGUUCCAAAUGUACAGUUGGUAGAUUACCCUCUCACGGAUUGUCCUGCUGACUGGAUGAACGCUGUGCACGGCGUUAAUCGUCCCUUAAAGUAUACAUAUUUUCAUCCAGCUCUGGGAUGCACGCGCAUUGUUGUGCAGUGAUGUGUGCUUGUUAAACGAUAGGGGGGGGGGGGGGACAUGUUGUACAAAAAGGAUUCACUCAGACACCAUUACUGUUUUAGAUUAAAUAAUUAAAUUACAACGAAUGAAACUAAGUAACUAACUCCCAGUAUGACAUCUCUCUUUAUACAAGGCAAGCUACUUCUACUACUUCAUUUCCUCUUUAAGAAAACGGAUUCAAAAAAUGAUUUUUGUCUGUGUAAUAACUGAGUGAUCUAUGCAAUUUAUUUAAAAACAAAAUCAGAAAUUCAUCGGUUUAUAGGCUGAAAUACUUCCUUAACUUGGCAGUGAACUGUUGUAUGGUUAACCGAUAUGUUUGCCUGAUGUUGACUUCUCUUCUCUGUUUGAAGCACUUUUAAGUCAGAAAACACAAGAUCUGUUGUUCCAGUAAUGACCACAAUAAUACAUAAUGCCUGCAGGAUCAUAAAGGAUCAUAAAUUGCUUUAUUGUAGGACAUUUCUGCCAUCUACCUGCUCCACCUACUGAACUAACAGCAGGAACGUCUAGUGAACGGUUUCAUUAUCGCCCCCUACAGGCAGAGACAGUCAUCGCUCCUGCAGUUGCACCACCUGUGAACCACUGGUGAUGUUGCUGUAGUUUGUUUCCUCUUAAAUGAAGUUAAAAGCUUUUUUUUUCUGGCACUUGACCAUCAGGAAACAGCGCUUUCAUACAGCCAUGCAAAUUCAUUUACAACUACAAUUCAGAUACAGAAAUAGUGGUCGUAUUUGCUUUCCGUUUGGCCGCCUCAUCGUCCGUCCUUUUUAUUUAAAGCUUAACAUGUAAGGAAUUAAACCUGGGAAACAAUACCUAUUUAAAUAAAGUGCCUAAUAAAGUAUACUGCUUGACAUGGAGCAGAUUAUAAUGUCUACGUUGAUAGUUUUUAAACGUCUGAUGCUGUUCGCUUUAUUGCCACUAGGGGGCGCAGGUUGGACUGGACUGAUACUGCCUGAGAUUUUAGAGAUGUUUUGGUCCUUUAAAUACACAAACUUUAGGAGCAGAAAUUGGUCAUUUAUUUAACUCUAAUAUAUUUGUGAUGCAGGAACAUUUAGACUGUGGGUCUCACCCUGUUCUCAAAAAAAAACAAGCGUUGAUUGACACCCUGUUAUUUCCACACUUUGUCCUAAUUUAACUCUCCAAGGAAGCCAUGUUCUCCUGCCUCUCUCUUGCAGGGGGUGCUGACCCCCCCACUGUGUACAUAACUGUAGUUUAAACAGAAGACUUUGUAAAUAUUUGUUUGGUUUUAUUUCCUAUUAUAAUAUUAAUAUUUGUUCUUCUUUUUUUAACUAAUGGGAUUUUAGAUCAGUUGUUUGUGAAUAUGUGUUUAAUUUUGUUUUGAUACUUUGAGAAUUUAUGUACAAUUGAUAAGAACAACAAUGGUGUAUUUACUGUUUUCGGUUUGUGAAAGAAGCCGCAAUGAAAUAAUAAAAAGAUUCAGAAAACAGCA